AUGUCUCUGGCCGUCAACGCAAGCCGCUGCGCAAGCGCGACGUUCGGAGCCCCGACACUCCUAGGUGCCAGCAUCCUUGCCGUACAAGCCAACCUAGUCGAGGAUUACAGCUUUGAUGUCCCAAAAGGAUGGGCCUACUCUCAGCCUGCCCUCAACGUUGAGAACGCCACCUUUUGCAACGUCACCGUCACCUACACGCACCCGGGACAGAACGACAUCCUCACAGUCGAGGCGUGGCUACCGCCCGUGGACCAUUAUAACGGCAUCCUGCAGUCCGUCGGCGGAGGCGGCUGGAAUCCCGGUCGCUUCAUUCUCAGCUACGCCGCCAUGAUCAACGCCGUUGCCAAAGGCUACGCGACCGUCACCACCGACGCCGGGAUUCCUACCACCCCUAAUCCCAUUGACUGGCUACUUAAGAGCCCGGGAAGCCUAGACACCAACGCCCUUCAGAACUUUGGUCAGGUCUCCUUGAAUGACGAGCUCAUCGAAAGCCUCUAUGGCAAGCCACCUACGCGAUCCUAUUGGAAUGCCUGCUCCCAAGGCGGCCGCCAGGGCCUCAAAUUGGCGCAGCAAUACCCGGACGCCUACGAUGGCAUUAUGUCGGCCGCCCCCGCCGUCAACUGGGCCGAGUUCUACCUCAACUCGAUCUGGCCUAGCUACUACAUGCUGAAGACCCAGCAGUUUCCGCUCGGGUGCGAACUCGAUGCGCUCACCGCCAUGGCCGUCUCCGCCUGUGACGACCUAGACGGUGUCAAAGACGGCCUCAUCAGUGAUCCCGAGGCCUGUAGAGCAAACUUCAACGUUUCUGCCCAGAUUGGAAAGUCAUUCCAGUGCGCCCAGAUUAAUUCGACGCUCAAUAUCAGCCAAGCGGCCGCAAACGUGGCCAACGCCUCCUGGACUGGUCCCCGUUCCUCGACCGGGAAGUUCAUCUACGACGGGUACGAGAUGGGCAGCGAGCUAUCCGUCAUCGCGCCAACAGAGUGCACUGGCAAGGUCUGCAGGAGCAGCGCCGGCGAGGCAAAUAUAGCUUUUGCAUGGCGGGCUUUUGUCGCCAAAGAUUCUAAUGCGACAGUGCCUAACCUUACGUACACAACAUUUGACAUGAUCCAUCGCGCGACCAAAUUGGUUUUCGCCUCCAAUAUGGAGACCGACGAGGCCGAUCUGAGCGACUUCAGGAACGCCGGGGGCAAGAUCAUUACCUACCACGGACUCGCCGACCAGAGCAUCUCCCCAGGCGGCAGUCUCCGAUACUACAACACUAUCGCUGAUGCCGUGGGCGGUAAUGUUACCUCAUUCUACAAAUACUAUCGCGUCCCCGGUCUCGAGCACUGCUGGGGUGGCAGAGGAGGGCAGCCCGAGACUAUUUUCGCGCAGCUUCGAGCUUGGGUCGAGAACGGGACGGAGCCAGGGUCGUCACCAGUGACUGUGACGCUGCCGGAUGGAUCUUCGCAAGAGCAAGUGCUAUGCCCGUAUCCGCAGAAGGCGAUAUUCGAUGGCUGUGACGAAGUGAAGCCCAAGUGCGGGCAAUGCUCCAAAGCCCUACACAACUGCAGCUUGCAGUCGUCAACACCAAGCUCAGACCUGAACACCCCAGAUUAUGCCUCUCGCGAUGCCCUUCGUCGUGUGAAUAGUUCCCAGAACUCAGAGGCCACCGAGGUUCGACACAAUGAUACACCCCAAGAUGGCUACUCUACCGGUCACAGCCAGCGCCUCCGUGCCCCGGCAGCUUCCUCAUCAUCCGGCACCCCGAGCCACACUUCAUCACCAUGCAGAAACAUAUCAGCCGUCACAGGCUCCUCAGCUCCAGGAGCCUCUCUAGAUGUCCUCGCUACAUGGACUUGGACUGUUGAUGAUCUCGCUCUAAUGCACCACUUCCUGACCUGCCCGGCUCUAGACCAUGGCGACGCAACCCUCUGGCGUCAGAAAGUGCCUCUCCUCGCUUUCGAAAACCACUCCGUCCUCCACCUCCUCCUCGCCGUAUCCGCAUUCCAUCUGGCUACCAUAGAGCCAGGCAAGCGCACGAAGUACCAAGGGCUGGCAGACAAACACUACGAGACCGGCCUGCGCCAGAUAAUGGAAAUCAUGCCCCGCCUCGGCCGCGAGACCGCCGGGGUCCUCUACAUUGCUACCACCCUCGUCUGCACAUGCAGCUUCGCCAAGGGUCCCGCGCCGGAGAAUCUGCUCAUAGUCUCGGACGGCGUUGAGGUGGCCUGGUUCGAGCUGCUCAGGGGCGUCAGGCUUGUCAUCGAAACGGUCGGCUUUGAGGCCAUCUUCUCGGGUGUUCUCGGCCCCAUGCGGUCUGGAGAGGAGCCGCCGCCGAGCAAGGACUCAUCAUUAUCGCGUUCAAGUUCGGCAACUUCAAGAACCGUCAUAUGGGAACCUGCCCUCGGACGUAUCGCACAGCUCAUUGCCGACUCUCAAGAUCCCGAUGAAACAACAUAUAGAAAGAUGAUGGAUCACGUAUCUCUCGCUUUUCAACAGACCUUUGGAACAUCUACAGAGCCCGUCGCCACGUUCGAGGGGAAGAUGGAGGUGAUUAUGGCUUGCAUCUACCGCACCGACGACGACUUCGUACGGUGUCUCAGGGAGAAGAGUACCGUCGCGCUGCUUGUGCUGGGUCACUUUGCCGUACUGGUCAAGACGCUCGAGUGGCUGUGGUACAUGCACGGCUGGGCCGAUCACAUUCUACGAGGCGUUGCGUCGCAUCUAGAUGCUUCAUACUUGGAUUUCCUGCAGUGGCCGAGUGCCGAGAUCAAAAGACUUGACUUCUCUGCAGCCAACGAAAGUAGUCAUUUUUGA